AUGAAGGAAAUUGAGGAAAAGAGCAAGAAAAUUAGGGUGUUGGAGGAGUUGAGAGAGGAAAUUGAGGAGAAAGAGAAGGAAAUUUGUGGGUUUAGACACAAGCUUGAGGAGUUGCAAAGGGUUGUCCCAGAGAAGGGAUCUAUAUUGGAAGAAAUGUUAAAUCUGGAGGAGGCACUGAGAGAAUCAGAGGAGAAAACAAGAAGCAUGGAGUCAAAUAUUUUGAAAUUACAGGAGAAAGUUAAGGAAGCAGAAACUGUUAUCAAAUCUUUGAAGGAGAAAGCUGAUGAGGCAGUCAAUGAAGCUUUGAGUGGAAUGGAUAAUGAGGCAGAGGCAAAGGGUUUGAAUGGGUUGAAGUUGCAGUGGCCUGUGGCUGCAGCAUCUACUGGAGCUAUUGCUAUAGCAACUGUUGUUAUCUUUGUCUGUUAUGGAAAACAUACGUGA